AUGGCUUAUCUUACGAAGCAAACGAGGCCUAGGAUUAUUGCCUUUCUGUUUGAGUUGCAGGCAGCCGAAGAAAAAUCCCGUUUAGGGAAAUGCAAGAUCUUUCUAGAAUACCUCCCAGAAACUCAAGGAAACGGAGCUAAUGGAGGAGUUCAGUUAUCUGAAGAAAUCGACACAAGUGACAAAGCUUCAACAAGAACAGUACACAAUGUCGUUUUCGUAACUUCCGAAGCAGCUCCGUAUUCCAAAACCGGAGGCUUGGGAGAUGUUUGUGGCUCUUUACCUAUAGCACUCGCUGCACGUGGCCAUCGUGUUAUGGUCGUCUCUCCUCGAUAUUUGAGAGGAAAUCCAUCGGAUAAACAGUUUUCCAAUGCCGUCGAAUUAGCAGAGCGGGCCAAAAUCUACUGCUUUGGUGCUGAACAGGAAGUUGGAUUCUUCCAUGAAUACAGAGCUGGGGUUGAUUGGGUCUUUGUUGACCACCCGUCGUACCACCGACCCGGAACUCCGUAUGGAGAUACUUUUGGUGCUUUUGGUGAUAAUCAGUUCAGGUUCACUUUGCUUUGUCAUGCUGCUUGCGAAGCUCCAUUAGUGCUGCCACUUGGAGGCUUUAAUUACGGAGAGAAGUGCCUAUUUCUUGCAAAUGAUUGGCAUGCUGGCCUUGUUCCUGUACUCUUGGCGGCAAAGUAUCGUCCAUACGGUGUAUACAAGGAUGCUAGAAGUCUCGUUGUCAUACAUAACUUAGCUCAUCAGGGAGUAGAGCCAGCAGCUACGUAUAGCAAUUUCGGAUUGCCGCAAGGGUGGUACAAAGCUUUGGAAUGGGUUUUCCCGACAUGGGCAAGAACACACGCUCUCGACCCCGGUGAAGCGGUCAACGUUCUCAAAUCUGCUAUCGUCACUGCCGAUCGAAUAGUCACAGUUAGCCAGGGUUAUUCAUGGGAAAUAACUACCCCUGAAGGUGGAUAUGGACUGAACGAGCUAUUAAGCAGUCGGAAAAUAGUUAUAAGUGGAAUUACGAAUGGAAUUGAUGGCAAUGAGUGGGACCCAUCGACCGACGAGCAUCUUCCUUGCCACUACUCUAUUCAUGACCUCUCUGCAAAGGUCCAAUGUAAGAUUGCACUGCAGAAAGAACUCGGCCUUCCAGUUCGAUCAGAUUGUCCUUUGAUUGGGUUUAUCGGGAGGCUCGACUACCAGAAAGGUGUCGACAUUAUCCUUACAGGCAUUCCAGAACUUCUGCAAGACGAUGUCCAAUUUGUAAUGCUUGGAUCCGGGGAAAAACAAUACGAAGACUGGAUGAGACAAUUAGAGGAGGUUUAUAAAGACAAGUUUCGAGGUUGGGUUGGAUUCAAUGUUCCGAUUUCACAUAGGAUCACUGCAGGUUGUGACAUAUUGGUAAUGCCGUCAAGAUUCGAACCAUGUGGUCUAAAUCAGUUGUAUGCAAUGCGAUACGGCACUAUUCCCGUUGUUCACAGCACUGGCGGUCUUAGGGACACAGUUCAGACGUUCGAUCCAUACGCAAAGGAAGGUAGCGGUGAAGGGACUGGGUGGGCGUUUUCUCCUCUGUCGAAAGAGAGUUUACUAGCUACACUAAGAAUAGCCGUCGGAACAUACAAAGAGCACAAGCCAUCAUGGGAAGGAUUAAUGAAACGGGGAAUGGAGAGAGACUCGUCUUGGGAUAAGGCAGCCACUCAGUACGAACAAGUUUUCGAAUGGGCAUUUAUCGACCCUCCUUACGCCGGCUGAAAAAUCUCUAAUCGAAAACUAGUCCCUUUUUUUUUUUCUUUCUUUCUUGUCGACAUAGAAUGCGUUUUCGAGAGUGUAAUAAGAUCAGCUUCUUCUGACGAAUAAUAAAUUUUCUAUAUAGCAAACAAAAACAGUAGGGAAGUUUUGUUCAUUUAUUAUUAAAAAUUGAAAUUAUACAUUCUGAUUU